AGAGACAGUGUGUUCCGAAUCAUUUUACGAAUCACACGCAAAUAUGUGGGACAAAGUAUUAUUCUUGUGUUGUGUAACAACAAUUUUAAGAGAAACGGGUUCCGUGUAUCUGAAAAAUGUCGUGUCUACGCAAAAAUAUGUUCCCUGCAAUUUGGGGUUGUUGCAUUUCGAUAGAGUUCGUGAAAAUUACUGGAAGUGUACAGUCAAUUUUGGACUUUAUGACAUGAACGACGCUGUUAUGUCGAUCGUUUUUAAGAACAAAAUCAAUGUUGAUACUUAUCCGAACAACUUGUUCACGGUACGAAAAACAAACAAAUAUAGUCUAGUGGUAUCAUCAAAACAACUUCUACUGAAUAAAUUCGUCUUUAAUGUGACUACAGAAAAUUUGAAGAAAAAUGAUAGUGAUGUUCCUGUCGUCAAUACAUUGAUUUUAAACAAUAUUCCUCUAUGUAAUGAGAGAAUUAAGGCAGCGCUGAGAGAUAUACCAGUGAACGUAAAUCAUAGUCAUUCAGGCAAACGGCAUGCCCAUGUGUGUGGUAGAAGGCCCAUUAACCAUACAGAACUGGUUUCAGUGAGAACUGACGCUCAACAAGGUGACUGGCCCUGGCACGUAGCUAUUUUCCUAAAGGAUAGUCGAAAUAAAAUGGAUUAUAAUUGCGGUGGCAAUAUCAUUUCUAGAACGGCGAUUUUAACUGCUGCCCACUGUGUUUCAAAUAACGGUAUUUUAAGAAAUCUUAGCACACUCGCCGUAGUUGCUGGAGUAGUCAGUAACUUAACAAACACCAAUCAACCUGGGAGGCAAACGCCUAUUAUACAACAAAUAAUCAUGCACCCAGCUUACAAAAUUGAUGACGCCACAUCAGAUUUAGCAAUCAUCAAAGUGAUAAACAUCGAUUUUACGAAUUAUGUGCAGCCUAUAUGCGUUUGGGGGCCCGUGUUUGAUAAACAUAAAUUUUAUUAUAAAGAAGCUACGAUGGUAGGCUUCGGUCGCACAGAACGCAAUAUGGCAUCCAACAUCUUAAGGUCAACACACGUUAAAGUGCAAAACGAUUCAACCUGUACCGCUUUUAUGGAGAAAUACAGAAAAUUUUUAAAUGAUUAUACUAUUUGCGCAGGAAACGGUCCUAACAUAAAUGGGGCCCAGUAGGGCUGAUGCCUGAUCCGGAGCUGCGGACUACCUAGCAGGUUUACCGGGGCUCCAGCUCGAAAAGCAGGAGUAGGAACGAGAUGGUUUUUAGUCAGUAAGAGUCUGACACUCUCUCUCGCUUUGCCCAAGGCGGGAGAAGUAAAUGGAUGAUUUUCCCCCCUCAAAAAAAACCCGUCCUAUCUUCAAUAGGGUAGAUGACUAAUUUUCAUUUGAUUGCCUGUCUUUUAGAUUGUAUUAAAAUAUUAGACACGUAUUUUUUAUUUUCUUAGGGAAACAAAUACUUUCGCAGAUAAAUUGAUUUCGCAAUUAUCCCAAAAUCGAUCUAUAAGGAAUAUAGGUACAUUAUUAUGUACAUUAUACAUUAUUGCAACAGUGAAUUACUCCCUCUUCAGUCCAGUAUUCACUAAGACUCAAACAGAUGAACUUGACUAAAUAUUAUCCUUUGAAUAAUGCAACUGAAGGUGCAUGAACUGUACAAUACUAACUAAGAUUAAAUUGAUCAGUGGCUCGUAACUGAUAGGGCUACCUGCUGCAGUUAUGGACUAUAGACCCAUUAAAUUGAAUAGAUUACUGCUUCGUAUUGAUCAAUAACAAACAUAUAAAGGAAAUGUGUUUUUCUUGAAAAUCAAUUGAUUGUAAUGUAAUGUACCGAAGUCGAUCGCAAAUAGAACUUAAUUAUUGCCGCUUUUCUUUUAUAUGAUAAUGAAAAUUUACGAGGAAAAUAUUUAGUCUAGGACAUUGGUAGUUAACAUUAGUGUUAGAUUAGAAUAAAUCUAUUUUCUUGGGUCACCAAAAUUAAGUGGGAUAAAUCUCUUUAGUUGUAAUCAUUUUAUUGAAAAUCGAUAACUUAAUCAAGAAAGAGCAACGGUGUGAAGCACAAAGAAACAUUGUAACAUUUAUUUCGAUAAAUAUAUCCGUGUCGUGCAGA